GUUUGGCAGAUCAUCUGAAAUGUUUGUACUGCCAUCUAUUUCAUAAACUAGACUUAUAUAUCUAUAGACACACACAUAUAUAUACAUAUACAUAUAUAUAUAUAUAUCAUUGGAAUUCAUAUCUCCAUGAGGCAAGAACACUUUUGCAGCAGAAGAUACUAAAUUCUAAACUGUUCCAUCUGGGAGUGACUCCUCUUCCUCAACAUGCAUUGAUCAUAGCUAAUUUUGGAUGCCUUUGCAGAUAUGGCAUUUGGCUGGCCACAAAAUAUUCCUGACACUCUUCAGGAAAUGUGCUUGAAUAUUUUUGUCAAAAAUCCAGAGGCAUUAGCCACCAUUACAGAGGGUAAUCGUUACACUUUACGCCCUGGCAUUUUCUUGCCACAGGAAAUAUGUGAAGGACUUUUGAAAGCAUGGCGAGAACGACCUGAAGAAUUAACUGAUGAUAUUCUGUACAUUUUUGAAGACCCUUCUCGGACUCGUCUUGCAAAGGUUAAUCUUUCUCAAACUUCAGUAACUAAUGAUGGGUUGGCCUACAUUCAGAAACAUACUCUUAGUGAUCUCUGCCUUUUGUCAUGUUCGAACAUUGACCCGUCUCGUUUGCUAUUUGAAAUGCUUAAUACCUCAGGUUAUUCAUUGCGAACACUGCAACUUGGAUUUAAGGAUUUACAUCAGAAGUCCUAUUUCAGUGAACUAAAGUGUCAGAUGAGCAAUGGUGAACAAUUUGUACAUAAUGAUAAACUAACUAUUUUUAACUGCCCUAAUUUACAAUGCCUCUCUUUGAGAAAAGUAAGCUUCAAAAGUUGUCCGUUACUGCUGAAUUCAGUGCUUAUGCCAUUGAAUCGACUCACAUUCCUUGAUCUUUAUCAGUGUGAGCUGAAACCAGAGUGCUUUGACUUUUUGAGCAAUGUACCCAAGCUGCUGUCACUCAGCCUGGCACAGGUCUAUCUACCCAAAGACAAAAUUGACAAAAUUAUAGAUUCUAUAUGCAAACAUGUGAAAGGAUUAAGGCAUCUUGAUUUAGGUAUGUUAGACCAAAGAUCAAAGACAAAUUACCAAGACCCUGAAAAAAUUCUCAGCAGGAUAAUUCUCGGUCUUCCUGAUCUUGUGUCCUUGGAUAUUUCUGGUACAAACCUUGCUGGAGAGAAAGCAGUGACACCAGAAUCACACCGACUCGGGGUCAGAAGACCAAAUACGAAAUUAAAAGAAGAAGAAUCAGAAGAAACAAACUGCAGCAUUCCUGGUUUACAUGGGAAAACUCUUGAUUUUCUUGGACUUUUAAACUGUGCUAACGAUGCUUGUGAACGAGAAAGCAUACCUGCAAAACUAAUCACAGGUGAUGCCAAUGAAGAGCAGAUCUUACUCUCUCUGCAAACCUAUCAAGACAGAAGCUCUCAUAUUAUUGUGGCUUUAAACAGUCUUUAUAAUCUAUUUCGGAGAUCUGUUGUGCGUAAUCAAGCCGAUGCACUUGACGCUAUACUGUCGUGCAUGAAGCAACACCCAAAAGAUUGGCAUGUUCAGAUUUCAGGGAGUGCCUCUUUGUUUUAUAUUGUGAAAGGAGAACAAAUGGCUCAUGCUCCAAGGAAAUUAAGGAAGAAAGCAAUUGAUAUCUUACUUGAUGCCAUGGAAAACAGAGAUGACGAACAAACUAUGCUGAGGAAUGGUUUUCUUACCCUCUGCCACUUUGAUAUUCCUCACGAAGUGCUUUACUGUUACAAACGUCUUGUCAAAAUUCUCCUUGGUGCUGUAACUCCAGAAAACCAAGACCAUUUAGUGCAACGUAUUGGUAUAUCUCUGCUGAAUUGUCUGGCUUGCCAAGUUGAUGGCACUGAGAAGAGAAUGGUCGGAGAGUUAGGGGUCAUUUGUACCAUGCUCUCCAUUGUUCGGCGGAAACUUGAGAGUAAAGUUUGUGAUGAGACUUUGGAGGUUUCCUGGAGUACCAUGUGGAAUGUGACUGAUGAGACUCCUUCAAACUGUGAAAAAUUCAUGGAUGGAGACGGCAUGGAAUUAUUUAUUCAGUGUCUCAAGGAAUUUCCUGAGAAACCAGAGUUACUCAGAAACAUGAUGGGACUUAUGGGAAACAUAUCAGAAGUGAAAUAUUUGAGACCAAGACUGAUGAAUCAGAAAUAUAUUAGUAAAUUCAGUGAAUUGCUGAAUUCUACAAGUGAUGGAAUUGAAGUCAGCUACAAUGCAGCUGGAGUUUUGUCUCACAUAGCUUGUGAUGGUGCUGAAGCUUGGAUUAUUGAUAGCCCAAGACGAACAGACGUUCUCAAAACAAUGGUCGGUGUCAUAGAAAGUUGGGAUAUAUCAGCCAAACGUAAUAUCAAUUACCGGUCUUUUGAGCCAAUCUUACGUCUUGUACAAGCAUACGAUACCCCCGAGGCGCAGCACUGGGCUGUUUGGGCUUUGUGCAAUUUAACGCGUGUUUAUCCUGAGCGUUAUUGUUCUCUUCUUGAGAAAGAAUCUGGAGUAGAAAUUCUUCUGGCGCUUAAGGCUGAUCCACGACCAUAUUCUCGCAUUAAAGAACUUGCCUCAAAGGUUGUAAGUCAAAUCACAGAAAACAAGAACAAAUUUCUUGAACUCUCUAAUAUACUGGAAUAA